CCUCACUCGCCCCGGUCCCGUCGGGAGCGGCUGCAGCGCCGCCCGCCCCGCCAUGGGCUGCUCCAGCAGCGCCCGCAGCCGCCCCCAGGAGCCGCCGCCGCCGCCGCGGGCAUCACCAGGUGCAAACACCUUGACUGCAGACAAUCAUGAAACCAUAGCUGACCAAACACAGUUGGACCCAGAAGAGGAUGUGAGCCUUGCCUCUGAGGAGACAAACCUAGGAGAGCAUCUGCCAGGAGAGGAGGCUGCAGCCAUGAUUCUGGAUGCUGAGGAGAAGACCGAUUCAGUCAGUAAAAGGGAGGAGCCGGAGGGCACCGAGCCCCUGCCUGCAGGAACAGAGGAAAGCUCUGAGCUGCCUUCUGUAUGGAGAGAGGAGGGCAGUGGGCCUUCACCUGCAGCACCAGAAGAUGUUGGGGCACCAUCACCAGGACCAGCUGAGGACAGUGGGCUGGUAGAGGGCAGUGACAGCUCUGUAGUGGAAGUCAUGGAUAAAGUACAUAUUACUGAAGAGGACCACCUCAUUGAGGGUAAUAUUUGUACUUUCAUAAAUUCAGGAGACCGAAUUUUGCCUCCAGAGACAUCUGUGUGGGUACUUUUGACUUUACUAAGAGCCUCACAAGAGCUUCUGGAGUCAGAAUUUGGUCCUGGAAGCCUGUACUAUGUGGAGCGUAGAAGAAUGUGGGUGAGGAAGCCUCAGAUUUACAAGUCCAAGCUGUAAUAAAUUUAAUCAGCAUUUCCAGUCAUUAUUUCUGCUACUUCAUUUCAUGUCCUUUUUGUUCUUAGCAGGUAAAAUGCCCCACCGUACCCUCAUUUAAAACAUUGUGUCUUUGUAUAGCUCAGACACAUUCCUUAAUAUUUGCAGAGCCCAAAGGCUCCAUUACUUAGUCACAUGUAUUAAUUAUAAAGCAACUCUCCCUGGGCACAUAAAGUUGGAGGCUGCCUGGAUGUGUAAGAAAAAGCAUCUCUGAUGUAUGCCUGGCAUAUCCAGUCUGUCCUAGAGCCUUGGCUACUAGACAAGCUAAAUAGAAGUAGUAGCAGAGGGACAUUGGACUGGGCUUUCAAAAAAUGUCUGGAGAUGACUAGCGGUGGAGGAAGGCUGCAUGAGGAGGCAGUGGUGUCUGAGAUGGCAGAUAUUUCCAUGUGCAGUGAUAGGGACCUUUAGUGGGAGAUGUGCUUGUUCCUGAAAAUUGUAGGCUAUGCUCGUCUUUGGGUUGGUGCCCAAAUGCACAAAUGCACAAAUGCACAAAUGCACAAAUGGACUGCACAUGCAAAAGGUGAACACUUCACAGGAGGAGUCGAAUUUCUCUUGAAUUGUACAAAGUAGCUUGGUAAGGAAUCAGAUACAUCCUGGGGGAGCUUUUUUUCAGGGAACAAGCAAGCGAAGCACAAAGAGGAAUAUUUCUCUGCAGGGAAACAUGGUAUCAGCAGCCUUCCUCACUCCACAUUUGCCUUGAAGAAAUGCAAGAUGCAGAAGGACUGGUCUGUGUGAAGUCCAGAACCGCUUACACAUGCUACCACUAAUCCUGUGGCUUUGCUCUGCAUGUCUCUGAACUGGCUGUAUAAAUCUCACUCUUUGCAUUCCGGUAGCUGAGCAGGGUGGUUGACUAACUUUGUCCUCUCCUGUGUCUCUCCACAAAAGAAUUUUGAAGUUUCCUCUACAUAACAUGGGCAUCUAUCCUUAGGCAUACAGCCUCAUUUUAUGUAAUGAGUAAAUGACAGGAUGCUCACCUGUUAAACACACAGUCUUGCCCAGUUGCAAACUCAUUAAUCACCAUUUCUAAGCCUCAGGGCAGAAUGCUGAAGGCAGAGCAGCACACACUGAACAUUGCUCUGCCACCUCAUGUCUGUGCAAACGCAUUUACAGUUGACUGGCUGAAGAUGAGUCGUGGGGCUUUGAGCACCAAAUGAUGUGUGAAGACUUUAGGAAAAAGAUUUUUCUCCUAUUACUUCCAAGCUAGAUGUAAAUAUCUUAACUUGUGUGCAUUCUCUUUCCAUGAGUCUUUACAUUUUUAUGCUACGGUGCAUAGGAUACUUAGCAUUUGUUUCACUUUCCUUUAUGCUUCCAUAGCUUUGUGAGGAAAUGAAUCAGGGAGCAACUUGUCAGGGAAAGCACAAAUUCAGCCAGACUGGCACAUUACCAUGUUUUCUAUUUCCGUUUUGUUCCAAUUGCAAAUAAAACUGCACAUAUAUAAAAUAAAAUCCAGGAAAAAUAAUUUGAACAGAAAUAGUACUCAUGAUGUCUUUUGGAUAUAGCAUCAAGGGGAUUUUGUGAAAGCAUAAGGAGAACUUCAUGGGCAUGAGGCAUGCAUAUAGCUGGAUGGGGUCAUCCUGUUUGUUGUCUAUGGAUUCAUUCAGGGGGUACCUUUGUAAGGGGCAUUGGAGAACUGACAAAGCAAAAUUAGGUUUACAGAAGGGAGCUGGGGUGCUUGGUGCUUUUCUCAGUGGAUGCUAAUUUGAUCUCCAUGGUUACCAUUCCCAGGUGAGACGGGAGAACAGGUGGAAACUGAGCUGCUCAGUGAGACAGUAAGUGGAGGGCCUGAAACAAAAGAAGAAACAGGAGAAGCUGUGGAUAGUGCAGCAGCGACAGAGAUGGGUACGUUGACAGAGGAGGGAAGGACCACAUGGGUUAUUGUUUAGGAGACAGAAAAUACUGUGCUGUCCUUAAUGAGCACUUCUUGUCAUUCCCCUACCGGCAGGCAGCUGCUUUCCGCAUUUUAACACGAGAGCAUCAUAAAUACUUUUGUUUACUUUAAGAGAUAUUUUUGAAAGCAAUCAAUUGGAAGUCAUGCUUUUUACAUGGGUCGUCUUUAUACAAUACAUGAGCCUUACCAGAGAUAAAUUAUCCAGCUUUGGAGAGUAUGCUAGACUGUGACAUGCAGUCUUGGAAAAUAAAAACCUGUGUUAAAAUCA